AUGGCGACCACAACAGCGACUGCCAUACAGAGUGGCCGACCUCCAAUUCUCCCCAAAGACUUCUCCGCUCAGCAACCCGAAACAAUUCGCCUAUACCCCUUGUCCAACUAUACAUUCGGGACAAAGGAAACCCAACCCGAGGAGGACCCAUCAGUUCUUGCCCGUCUGAAGCGUCUGGAGGAGCAUUAUGAUCUCCAUGGAAUGCGCCGAACUUGCGAGGGUAUCCUGGUCUGCCAUGAACACAACCACCCUCACGUCUUGAUGUUGCAGAUUGCCAAUGCAUUCUUUAAGCUGCCAGGCGACUAUUUACAUCACGAAGAUGAUGAGGUGGACGGAUUUAAGAAACGAUUGAACGAGCGCCUAGCUCCUGUGGGGUCGCAGUUCUCCGGCGAAGGCGUUAACGAGGACUGGGAAAUCUCCGAUACACUUGCCCAAUGGUGGCGUCCAAACUUCGAAACCUUCAUGUAUCCGUUCUUGCCGGGUCAUGUUACGCGCCCAAAGGAGUGUAAAAAGCUGUACUUCAUUCAGCUCCCUAAAAAGAAAGUCUUGUCCGUGCCCAAGAACAUGAAGUUACUGGCAGUGCCUUUGUUUGAAUUAUAUGACAACACGGCCCGCUAUGGUCCCCAGCUCUCAGCCAUCCCUCACUUGCUCUCACGAUACAAUUUUGAGUUUGUCGACGAAAACGAUAACGUGGUAGCCGUAACUCCCGGAACGCCGCUCGCCGAUGAUCAAGUUCCUCGCACUAAGGUUCUUGCUGGGGGCGAAGAUGGCCAAGACACUGGGAUGAUGGAUAUUGGGGCUGAAGGGGAAAAGGGGCCGGAAUCUCAGUAG